AUGCGGCUUUCGAAACUGACAGAGAAGGACAACAGUUCAAAGAUGUUUAUGAAAGAGCUACGCAAGGUGCUAGAGCAUGCAGAUGUACUUCUGGAGGUCCUAGAUGUGCGUGACCCACUUGGGUGCCGGGCGUAUACCAUAGAGCAGGAGGCGCUGCGCCUCGGUAAAAAGGUGGUGCUAAUUUUGAACAAGAUUGACCUUGUCUCGGCAUCGAAUACACGGGCCUGGCUCGAGUAUCUUCGGAAAGAGUUUCCCACCCUGCCGUUUAAGGCGUCGACGCAGCAGCAGCGCCACCAUCUCGGACAGAACCAUGGGGCGAUGUGGAAGACAGAGAAGGGGGACGAGCAGGUCGUAGGCGGCGCGGAGGCCGUCGGCACGCGCGCCAUCCUUCAGCUGAUCAAAAACUACUCGCGCAAUCUGAACCUCAAAUCGAGCAUCACGGUCGGGACGAUCGGUGCGCCCAAUGUCGGGAAGAGCAGUCUGAUCAACUCGCUGAAACGCUCGCGUGUGUGUGGUGUUGCGUCGACGCCCGGCCAUACCAAAGUGGUACAGGGCAUCAUGCUCGAUAGGCAUGUCCGCCUCCUCGACAGCCCGGGUAUUGUGUUUUCGGACGCGAAUGCGCCACCUGGUGCCACAUCCGAGGAGAUUGCAGCUGCAGCACAGGCGGCGAUGCUGCGCAACGUGCUCAAAGUUGAGCUUGUCGAGGAUCCGCAAGAGCCCGUGCAAGCCAUUCUUGACCGCAUGGACCCCAAGUACCUGGCGGAAGUGUAUGAUAUACCCGAGUUGCCCUCGCGCGACGUGCAAGACUUUUUACUGCGUCUUGCGUACCAAAAAGGGCGAAUUGCCCGCGGCGCUCUGCCAGACCUCGACGGUACGGCACGCUCCGUCCUGCACGACUGGAAUACUGGUAAAAUCAAGUACCAGACCGAGCCGCCAGCCAAACACCCCAGCCUCGUAAAGCCGACUAAGCCCGUGGAAGCAGCGCCUGCUGGCGAUGGAUCCGCAGCCAUUCUCUCAAGCUUUAGCGAGGAAUUUGACCUGGCCGGCCUGCUGGGCGAGGCGGAUGCUGAGGUUCUCGGGGGUGAUGGGCGCUAUUCGCCGCCGCAGCCUGAUCCAGUGCCUGUGCCAGGCACUCUUGACAUCGGCGCAGAUGUGGAUGACGUCACUGACUCGACACUGGGCAAGCGCGAACGCGACGAUAGCGACUCGGACGAGGAUAUGACAUCGUACCGCACGCGCCGACCGUCCGCCUGGGGUGUCCUGGAUGUGGAAGGCGACGAUGAAGACGAGGAUGAUCUUCCCGAGGCGCCGCCCCCGCCGAAGAAGGCGGCUCCCAAGCCCAUGUUCAAUGAGGCAGAGAGCGAGGGGAUGGCGCCCUCGCGCGGAAAGGAGCGGCGCAAAGCGCGGAAAGAGAAGAAGCGUCGACAGGGUCUGGCGCAGACUAUGGACACGCUUAUGGACUUGGAUGCGGGUAUGGCCGCCGUCGAGCCAGCGCCCGCAUCCGACGAGGAGGAAGAGCUGUAG